GAACGUAGCUCAUAGAAUGUUGUCGUGAGCGCUCCGAAUUCCAAAAGUGUUGUCGUUUUGACGGAGACGGUCGGCUGUAGCUCGACCGAACAGCCUCUGGAUUACGCUUAGGGUUGUCCAAUUCGGCUUUACUUCGACUCUUGAAAAGAGAAAAUCCAACGAAACAGCAAACAGAGAUUGUGAAUAUUGAUUUUGAAGAGGAAUCAGAGGAAGAAGAGGUAUAGAAGGUGAAGAAAUUCAAAAUGGUUUUCUAUUUCAAAGCCCGUCCAGAAGUAGGAGAUUACACCAUUUUUAUGGGUCUUGACAAGUACGAGAACGAGGAGCUUAUCAAAUACGGUUUCCCUGAAGAUAUUUGGUUCCAUGUGGACAAAAUGUCUUCUGCUCAUGUUUAUCUACGAUUGCGCAAAGGACAGACUAUUGACGAUAUAACUGAAGGUUUACUGGAGGACUGUGCUCAGCUUGUCAAGGCAAAUUCAAUUCAAGGCAAAAUUUCGAAAUUUUUUUAUCAUUUUUAUGGCAACAAGGUGAAUAAUAUCGAGGUUGUUUACACUCCUUGGUCCAAUUUAAAGAAAACUGCUUCCAUGGAUGUUGGCCAAGUCAGCUUCCACAAUCCAAAGAUGGUUCGAACUGUGAGAGUGGAGAAGCGGAUAAAUGAGGUAGUUAAUAGAUUGAAUAAAACAAAAGUGGAAAGAAACACUGAUUUGAAAGCUGAGAAGGAAGCAGUCAAUGCAGCAGAAAGAGCAGAGAGAAAACUUCAACUAAGGGAUAAAAAACGACAGGAGGAAAUGGAAAGGCUUGAGAAGGAGAGACAAGCAGAGAUAAGGAGCUACAAAGGUUUGAUGGUUUCCGAAAAGAUGACAUCUAAUAAGCAGAUUGCAGCUGACAACAAGUCCUUACAGGAACUGGAAGAUGACUUCAUGUAAGCACAGUUUUAUUUAACUGUUAAUACCAAGCUUGCUGCCUCUCAAGACAAGAAGUUUCCCUCCUCCAAAUAAAUCGCCUCAGUUUCAUGCAUGUUCAUUCUAUGAUAUUGUUAAGGAAAGAUCCGAAAGAUAUGUCGAACACCGAGCAUUAGGCAGAGGAUGAGGUAGAGGGAUUAACUUUCUUUAUAGUGACCUUAAAUUGUAAUUGGGUGAUGAUGAUGAAGAAAAUUGUAAUUGCAUGAUGAUGAUAAAGAUGAUCAAGACUUGCAUUGAUGAUUAUGUGAUCAUUGUUUUUGGCGGAAAUAACCUUUUUACCUAAUGUUUAUACAUAUUUGCAUUUUAAUUCAAAUCUUUUAAUUUUAAUUUAAU